AUGGGGCUUUGUGCUUGUAAGUUGGUCCAACUGCAACGAUUACUGCGCACUUCCCGGGUCUUGCGAGUGGUCGUCAAUGAGGCUGUUUGGUCUCAUAGUCGGGCAUUUCGUACGAAUGCCUUCCGUCGUACAAACCCGGAUCCAGGGAGGGAUUGCAUUAGCUCAACGAACUCGCAACCUGGGUCGAAGAUCGCCGACCACACUACGGAUCUGCUCAACUAUACCCUGCCGAAGCUCUUGCAUAACGCGGGCAAGAAAUUUGUCACCGCCCUCCUGGACAAACGGCUCCGGAAAGCGAUGAUGUAUCCCCGCGUCCUCGCUCCCUGCUGA